GGAAAUCCCAUCCAUAUGGAACACUUUCCCAGGGUCAGAAAUAUAGCUUUAUCGCUGUUUUCACACUUGGGUGUAAAAACAUGACAAACACAAAUGAGUAAAAAGCGAAAUUCUGAAAUAUUCUCCUGUUUGUUUCUUUUCGUGUCUCUUCGCUGGCUGUGGAACCACCUUUUCGUGCGGAGGAACACGUGUGAGAUCAGCAGGCGAACGGGUCCGUGACGCAAAACAAAACAGAGCUGGACUCGGAGCUAAAACUAGGACGUUAGCAUCAUCGGCUAACAAACCGGCUAAACAGCUCCAUUUAAUACUAACACUGAUACAGAGGGUGGAGGUGUGUGCAGGUGGAGCUUAGUCAUGGUGUAAAAGAGUUUAGUGAACCUCCCUCUGGAUCUCCUGUCUCUCUCCCACCUUUCCGCCAUGUCAGGUAGUUACGCUCCGGCCCCCGGAGGUCCGUUCUCCGCUCUCACUCCCAGCAUGUGGCCUCAGGACCUCCUCGCCAAACACCAUCAGAAAGACCAAAAUCUGGAAUCAGAUUCUCAGUUUGAUGAGUUCGGCUUCCGGAUCGACAGCGAAGAUGGGGUGGAGGCACGUGAUUGGCAUGGAGCUCCACAGAGAGAAGACCCCCAGCAGAGACUGCGCUGGCAGGCCCACCUGGAGUUCACACACAACCACACAGUGGGAGAUCUCACCUGGGACCUGAUCUCUCCCAUCUUGCCCCGCUCCGAUCGCCUCCGCUCGCUUGUCCUGGCUGGAAUACCGCACAGUAUGAGGCCCCAGUUAUGGAUGCGUCUGUCAGGAGCUCUACAGAAGAAAAGGACUUCAGACAUUUCUUACAGAGAGAUCAUCAAGAACAGCUCAAACGAUGAUACUACAGCAGCCAAACAGAUAGAGAAGGAUCUUUUGCGCACCAUGCCCACUAACGCCUGUUUCAGUACUCUGAAUAGUGUGGGAGUUCCGCGCCUCAGACGGGUUCUCAGAGGCCUGGCCUGGCUCUACCCAGACAUCGGCUACUGUCAAGGCACCGGCAUGGUGGUGUCGUGUUUGCUGCUGUUCCUGGAGGAAGAAGACACUCUGUGGAUGAUGUGUGCUUUAAUUGAGGACCUGCUGCCUCCAUCGUACUUCUCCUCCACCCUGCUGGGAGUGCAGACAGACCAGCGCGUCCUACGCCAGCUCAUCGUCCAGUACCUGCCCCGUCUGGACCGCCUGUUGCAGGAGCACGACAUCGAACUUUCCCUCAUCACCCUGCACUGGUUCCUCACCUCUUUUGCGAGUGUCGUGGAUAUCCGGGUUCUGCUCCGGAUCUGGGAUCUGCUCUUCUAUGAGGGUUCUAUCGUGCUUUUCCAGGUGACACUGGGCAUGCUGAAGAUCAAGGAGGAAGAGCUGGUGUCAUCCGAGAACUCGGCGUCCAUCUUUAACACGCUGUCGGACCUGCCGAGUCAGCUGGAGGACGGUGCGGUAGUGCUCGGGGAGGCAGUGAGACUGGCAGGGUCACUCUCUCAGGACACACUAGACGCUCAAAGACACAAACACCUGGCGUACAUCCUGGCUGAACAGACACAGCUCAACUCCAACAACUCGCACACACUCAACACCAGCCUCAAUAAGGUUGUUCGGAGACAGAGUCUGCGCAGGAAGUCCACACUGAGCUCUCUGCUGUUUGGAGAGGACGAGGCUGAGGCACUCAAGGCCAAAAACAUCAAACAGACCGAGCUGGUGGCGGCGCUGAGGGAAGCGAUCACUCGAACCGCAGAACACUUCCACUGCCUCGACCCUGACCACUGCACCACGGACCUGACCCCAGACUACUCCAUGGAGAGUCAUCAGCGUGACCACGAGAACUUCCUGGUGGUGUCUCGGAAUCGCAGGAGGCGGGCUAAAGCGCUGCUGGAUUUUGAGCGCCAUGACGACGACGAGCUGGGUUUCAGAAAAAAUGACAUCAUCACAAUCGUCUCUCAGAAGGACGAGCACUGCUGGGUGGGAGAGCUGAAUGGCCUUAGGGGUUGGUUUCCAGCUAAAUUUGUGGAAAUCCUGGAUGAACGGAGUAAAGAGUAUUCCCUGGCAGGUGAUGACUCUGUAACGGAGGCUGUAACAGAUUUGGUUCGGGGAACACUGUGUCCUGCUCUAAAGGCCAUUUUUCAGCAUGGUUUGAAGAAGCCCUCUCUACUGGGAGGGCCCUGCCACCCCUGGCUUUUCAUUGAGGAGGCAGCGAGUCGGGAGGUGGAGAGAGACUUUAACUCUGUUUACUCCAGACUGGUGCUGUGUAAAACCUACAGGUUAGAUGAAGAUGGGAAAGUUCUCACUCCUGAGGAGCUGCUGUACAGAGCUGUACAGAGUGUAAAUAUGAGUCACGACUCUGCACACGCACAGAUGGACGUCAAGUUCCGUUCACUCAUCUGUGUGGGACUGAAUGAGCAGGUUCUGCACUUGUGGUUGGAGGUUCUGUGUUCCAGUAUCUCAGCAGUAGAGAAGUGGUAUCAGCCAUGGUCAUUCCUGCGCAGUCCUGGCUGGGUGCAGAUCAAGUGUGAACUCCGAGUUUUGUCCAAGUUUUCCUUCAGUCUCUCACAGGACUGUGAACUUCCUGCCAAAAAAGAGAAGUCUCCCAUUCUGAAAUCAGAAGUGGUGGACGUCUUGGUGCAACAUCACCUCUUUAGUUGGGAUCUUUAGGAAAAGGAGCAGAGACCCCUGAAGGAGGGCGUUCAGGACAUGCUGGUCAAACAUCACCUCUUCAGCUGGGACAUUGAUGGAUAGAUAAACACUACACACUCACACAUGCACACACACGCACAUACACACACUUGUUUCUUUAGAUACCAAAAGUGACAUGUAAGCAGCUUUAUAUAACAAUGAGGAACUAGUGUGUGUGUGUGUGUGUGUGUGUGUGUGUGUGUGUAUGCGUGUGUUCAUAUAGCAGAGCUUUACAGCUUCGGUCUCAACAUGUCUUCAAGGACUUCUGAUGUUCCUCUGCUGGAGAACACGAAGAACUAAGCAUGCUCAGAGCAGUUUCUAUAUUUCCGUAGACAUUCCUCUUAAUUUCUCACACACACACACACACACUUCCUGAUUUAUUUCUGUUAUUUGGUGAAGGUGAAGUUCCAGCGUUUAUGUAGGACCUCAGUGUGAAACCUGAGUUCUGUGUAUAUAAUGUAGAUGAACUGAACACUUGUUCAGGUCUGUUCACUCAUUUCAGGUUUUUUUUUUCAGGAAUGGUGUAAAAAUGUGUUUAUGAAAAUCAGCUGAUCAGUUAUGAUGUGCGAUGCUCAUUUCUCUGACGUGUGGAGUUUAGAGUGUAUUUUCUAACAUGUCUCUGUAGGAUGUCGUGUCCUGCAUAUAUAUAUAUAUAUCCACCCGUUUAUUUUUGACUUGUAGAGUAAACAGUCUGGGUGAAAAUGUGUUAAAGUGCUGUUCUGGGGUCAGUCUUAACAUCACCUUUCUCACACUCCUCUGCUGUAAGUCACAGCUGUGUCCUGCAGAGGGCACCGCACUGAGAUCAAUGUUCUUCAAACGGAGCACCAUGGGGUUUCGGAUGGUUAUAGGAUUGAGUGGUCGGGUCAAAUGCUUAAAAAAUAAUCACGUUUUAUCAGGUAUCAGGUGUGUGAUGUAUUCUCAUGGAGAACCCACAGGGCUCUAGAGCAUUUCCUCACUGUGUGUGUGUGUGUGUACACUGAUCAUGUAGAACAAAAUAAAUCUGUAAGAGAA